UCGUUUCUAUUUCCUGUCCUCUCCUAUGUCUCCUCCCCACCGCGGCAACUCCGGCAACGGCAGCCGGCAUCCGAUCAACUUGUCUAUCGUUCAUUCCAGUGGCGUCGGCCACCACUGCAUCACCGGAAGCACUUCUUCGUUCCGGCGCUGGAGAGCAAAUCUGGAGCACCAACUGUGACGUCGUGCUUAUUUACCAGAAUUUAAGAUGAUAACAAGGCAAGCAGCCAAAACAUUGAGGAAAUCUGGAGAAUCUACAUCAAAUAUUUUUAGUGCACUUCCUUUGUGCAAGCGUUCAAAGAGACUCAGAGCUAGCAAACAGACCAAUUGCAGACAUGAUAAGAAGUUAGAUAGUAACUUGUUUCAGUCUUUACUAGAAGAAUUAUGGAGCAGGACUCCUGAACAAAGAAGAAGAUCCUGUAUAUAUCUUGACUGUUUAUGGUUUUUUCUGUACAAGGAUAAAUUGACAAGAACAAAAGUGCUUAGCUGGAUCAAAAAGAAGCAGAUAUUCUCAAAGAGAUAUAUCUUUGUUCCCAUUGUUUGUUGGAGCCAUUGGAGCCUUCUUAUCUUAUGCCAUUUUGGAGAAAAACGACAAUCCAGGGCAAGAAAGCCAUAUAUGCUUCUGCUAGAUUCUCUACACAAGACAGAUCCAAGGAGGCUAGAGCCAGACAUCAGAAGGUUUGUGCUCGACAUCUACAGAUCAGAAGAAAGGGAAGAGAAUGAAGACUUUCUAUCUGAGAUUCCUCUUUUAAUUCCCAAGGUGCCACAGCAAAAAAAAGGCGAAGAGUGUGGCAUUUUUGUUUUGUACUUCUUACACCUAUUUAUGCAAAACGUCCCAAGGAGUUACACAGAAGAGGGAUGCCCUUGCUUUGUUAACGAGGACUGGUUUAAAUUAGAAGAAUUGGAGAGCUUCCACAAUGAAAUCCAUUCAGCCUGGAAGAGUAAAGGCCUCAUGGAAGUGCAAUGAGAGCAAAGUAUCAAGAUUCGCUACCUUUGGCUUGUUUCCCGAUGAAAACCUACGUGACACCGUUUUGAAGUGCAUUUCAGUUACAAGCCUCAUUUAAUGUUGUUAGUUGGUGAAUUAGUGGGUUGAAAUUUUGUUCAGCGAUGAACUGAUUGUAGCUUAAUCUGGCCUUUGAUCGCCAUAUUCAAACACUUCCAUUCCUGUUCAGAAAAGUAGUCGCCAUGGUAGAAAUUUUGCGGGUUAAACACUGUAGGUACGAACUUUAAGUGUUCAUGUGAUGGUUCUGCCAAACUCUGAAAUUUCCUCUCA